CUUGAUGCCCAUUAUUAAGGGUCACAAUAAUUUAGUGGAUUGAACUGUAGAAAUGCGAUUUAGUACGUUAUUUUUCGUGUGUGAAUUGACUAAUUGCUGUGAGUCUUUAAAGAAACAUUAAGUCUGUGUAUUUAACGUUAUUUUAUCACGCAAUGGUCUCUCAGUUUCUGUAAGAAUUACGUUACCUUUGCUGUCUGAAGCGUUUACUUUCGUUGACAUCAGUUUUUUUUCUGUUUUUUGAAGUGUUGUGAGGUGUGGUUGUUUGAAGUAUUAUAGUAACUAAGUUAACAAAGUUUAAACCAUCGUGAAGCUUGAAAUACCAUGAUUGUUGCUGACGCUUUUUUAAGUGAAAAUUUUAGUGUAAUUAGCCCAACAGGUCGAAUUUCUAAGAUAAUGCUUGAAGAUAGUUAAUAUGUUUUUAUUGAAAAACAAUCUAAAUGAUUGAAUUCAUAAUAACAGUGUAAACUAUAACUGCCAUGUCUAACAGUCAGUUAGUGGAUUCAUGUUUGAGAGUACUACAGGAAAAACAACAAGACAUGCCACAGUAUUUAGGACAACCUGACAUUGAACAAACCAGUUCUUACUCUGUUGAUGUUGGUUUUCAUCCUAGCAAUGGGCACGUUGAUAAUCACUCUCCUGCUUCUUCACAUAUGGCUAUUGAUUCUCUUGUUGCUCAUGUUCAGAAAUCUCAAACUGCUCAACAAGUACCUUCUGUUGCAAAGGUUACAUGUGAUGUACAUCAAUUAACCUUAGAUGGUGGAUCAGGAGUAGAUUAUGUUACUGUUCCUAGCAUGGCAUUUCCAGGAAUCGCUCCUCAUCCUGCCUAUCCUUAUGAAUUGGCUCAACCACCUGAACAAACUUAUGCUACAGACCAAGGGAGGCAUUAUGUUGGUUACCAUGAUUAUGAACAUUAUCCUUAUCCUGCAAUGCCAACUUACCCUACCUACACUACUACACGCUAUGUUGAACCUCAUGAUUAUGUGGAUAGACCGCAAACUCCCCCAAGCCCAAGUGAGAAAAGUGAAUCUUCUCAACAUGGUGUUCGGUGGCGGGAUCCCAAUCUUACUGAAGUUAUAAGUUUCUUAAAUAAUCCUAACAAUGUUAUUAAGGCAAAUGCUGCAGCAUACCUUCAACAUUUAUGUUAUAUGGAUGAUCCAAAUAAGCAAAAAACUCGUAUUCUGGGUGGUAUUCCACCGCUAGUAAAUUUAUUAAAUCAUGAUGCUCCUGAUGUAUACAGGAAUGCAUGUGGUGCUCUGAGGAAUCUUUCGUAUGGUAGACAAAAUGAUGAAAAUAAGAGGGCCAUAAAGAAUGCUGGUGGUAUUCCUUUAUUAAUAAAUUUGCUUAGAAAAUCUUCAGAUGCAGAAGUUAAAGAAUUGGUUACUGGUGUACUUUGGAACUUAUCCUCUUGUGAGGAUCUUAAGAGAGCAAUUAUUGAUGAUGGACUCACUGUAAUUGUUAAUCAAAUUAUCAUACCUCAUUCUGGUUGGGGACCUAAUUCUCUUGGUGAUACAUGCUGGUCAACUGUUUUUAGAAAUACUUCUGGAGUACUCAGGAAUGUCAGUUCUGCUGGUGAAUAUGCUCGGAAAAAGCUUCGUGAAUGUGAAGGAUUAGUUGAUUCAGUACUUUAUGUAGUUCGUUUGGCUAUUGAAAAAUCAAAUAUUGGUAAUAAAAGUGUUGAAAACUGUGUUUGUAUUCUGAGAAAUUUGUCAUAUAGGUGCCAGGAAGUGGAAGACCCUAAUUAUGACAAAAACCCUCUGCCUAUGCAGACCACCAAAGCAUCGCCUCAUCAAAAAGGUGAAAAUCUUGGAUGCUUUGGUGCAAGUAAGAAAAAAAAGGAAACUGAUCUGGUAUUACAGAAAGAAACUAAUUGUAACCGUUCUCAAAAUCAAAGAAAUGAACCUCUUUGUGGGAUGGAGUUAUUAUGGCAACCAGAAGUGGUUCAAGCAUACCUGUGUUUGCUUCAAAGUUGUUCUAAUCCUGAAACUCUUGAAGCAGCAGCUGGAGCACUUCAAAAUUUAGCUGCUUGCUAUUGGCAACCAAGUAUUGAAAUACGAGCUGCUGUUAGAAAAGAAAAGGGGUUACCUAUUUUGGUAGAACUCUUGAGAAUGGAAGUUGAUAGAGUUGUUUGUGCUGUAGCUACUGCAUUACGCAAUUUAGCUAUUGACCAAAGGAACAAAGAGUUAAUUGGAAAGUAUGCUAUGCGAGAUCUUGUUCAAAAAUUACCCUCAGGAAACCCACAACAUGACCAAGGAACAUCAGAUGAUACAAUAGCUGCAGUCUUGGCGACGUUAAAUGAAGUAAUUAAAAAGAAUGCUGAAUUUUCAAGAUCUCUUUUAGAGUCCGGUGGUGUUGAGAGAUUAAUGAAUAUUACAAGACAACGUCAGAAGUAUACACCACGUGUGUUAAAAUUUGCUGGCCAAGUUCUUUUUACUAUGUGGCAACAUCAAGAAUUAAGAGAAGUCUAUAAAAAACAUGGAUGGAAAGAACAGGAUUUUGUUACAAAAACUGUUGCAGCCCGUAAUGCUGGUCCUAAUUCUCCUAGUAAUGCGAAUAGUACAUUAAAUCGCCCAAUGGCAAGUCAAGGUGGAACUCGUUAUGAAGAUAAAACUAUGCAAUGUUUACCAUCUGACGUAAGAACUUCUACAUCACCAAAUUUUCAGGCUGUUAAACCUGGUGAACCAUUAUAUGCUCAAGUUAAUAGAGAAAAAAAAAAAAGCAAUAGAAGUGUAGGGCUUGGUUCUGCUGAAGGAUGGAGUUAUGAUGAAAACACAAAAGGCUUAGUUGUUGAUCCAGCAUCAACACCAGGGGGUGAUUCAUGGGUUUAGCCUUUUGGAUAUUCUAAGUUGUGAAGUGUUGAAAUAUUCAGGCCUCCCUCAGGUGAACAGAAGUUUGACCAUUUAGUAUAGUAUUUGAGAAGUUACCAGUGGAAGUAGCAUUAUGAGCUUCCAGCAAGGUGUUACAACAUUCCAAUUAUAUUUUUUUUUGGAGAUUCAUCUAUAAUCACUAACUUACUCAUGAAUGUUCAAUUAAUCAAUUUCUUUAAUUGUUUUUCUUGUAAGAGAAGAUUAUCAUUGAGUGUUUAUGGUAGUGGAAUUUAUUUGAAGGAAACUGCUGUUCUAUUGAACUAUUGAUAUGUUGAAGUUUGGAUGUAAAAAAUAUUGAUAUUUAUAUUAUCAUAUUUAUUAUAGAUUGUCAGUACUAUGUUAAUAUAUUUUACCAUAUUCUUGUUUAUAAAGUUAUCUGUUUAUAGAAUUUUAUUGGUAAUAAUAUUUUUUUGUAGAUAUCAUGUAUUUAAACAUAAAUCACUAUCCAUUUAAAUUAACAGCCACUAGUCAAUCUUGUAUCUUUAAUUAUUAUUUUCAGAUUAAUUGUCAUUUAACAGGUUUAUGUUGGCAAUUCAUGUACAUAGUUCUUUUUUUAAUGAUUAUUUUGUUUUGUUUUUAUAAAGAGAUGCAUUCCUCAGUUUUAUAGUAAUUUGACUUUUAAUUCAUUACUAUUUUUUAACUUUUUUGAGUGGUGACUGCUAAUGAAUAUGUAUUUUAUGAAGAGCCGAAAAUCUCAUAUUUCCUAGUCUUAAAAUUUUUUUUAUUGAAUUUUUCACAUUUAUUAAUAAUAUAUUGAUGCAAUUUGUAAAGUAUUUAUCACUUUAUGUUAAUAGUAGCUGUGUUCAGUAAGGGUCUGUAGAAAUUGAAAGGAGUGAUUAAAUACUGAUAUUAUUACGAAGUUCAAUUAGUUUUGUGCCAAAAAGAGAACUUGAAUUAAACUAAUUGAAGUUAAAAAACCCUUUAUAGGCAAAACGUUUUUCUGCACAGAUAUAUGAAGUAUGAAGGGAAAUAUGUUAUUAAAUGGUGAAUUAAUUGUUAUUUAUAUUUAUUUUUGAAGUUAUAAGUGUGCUAGUGAGAAAUGUAUGUGUGUGUGUGGGUG